AUGAAUCAGGUACUGGCUCGUCCCUCGCUGUCGGAGGGACAGAGCAGAUCCCCCGCCAUUCAAAUGCCCGACCACUCCGUCCAUUUCCGCGCGCCACCCUCCCGCAACGGUCACGUCAAUCUGGAUACCUUCUCCCCCGUCAACGAGAACGGGAGCUUCGAAUUCGACCGAGUCUUAAAAUCCGGAAAGGUCUCCCGACGCGUCAAGCACAAGCAUGUCUUCCGGGCCUCGUGGAAACCUGCCUACCUCGUCCUGCGGCCCAAUCUUCUCUCCGUCUACAAGGACGAGGAGGCCACCCGCAUCCGCGUCUCCAUUAGCCUCUCCGAAGUGACAGCCGUGGCCCCAGUCAAAUCUCCCCGCUCCAAUCGCCAGCACGUCUUCGGCGUCUUCACCCCUUCCAAGAACUAUCGUUUCGAGGUGCUCUCGGAGCGCGACGCCGAUGACUGGAUCGAUCGUAUCCGCGCCGAAGUUCCCGGCAACGAGGACGAGGCCGCCUUCAUGGCCCUGUCCAAGAAACGUGCGCUCCCCGCAAUCCAUAGACAGCUGAUUGAAGAUACGACGGAUCACUCCGAUUUCGAUGUCGCCGGCCGUGCCAGCUCCCCCGAGCUAGGUCGAACUCUAUCUCCUGGCCCGUCAGCCCGCAAACCCUCCUGCAUUCAGGAAUAUUCAGGAAACGAAAUCACAUCCUACUCGGAGCUUUCAGACGGUCCCUCUCCCUCCCGGAAUAGCCGUCUGCGCUCUAUGCCGUCCAUUCAUACCUUAUCCCUUUCUGCCCCGGAAGACAAACCCAUGUCCUUACCGCGUGACGUAGGCUUACCACGCGACACGAGCAGACAGUCCGAGCUCGGUAUCUUACGCGAUCCAGAACGGGUAGUGUGCCAAGGGUACCUACAGGGACUACGGAUCAAGGGAACCGUACGGCAAUGGAAGCGGCUCUGGGUGGUACUACGAUCGAAGAGUCUGGCCUUCUACAAGGACGAGCAAGAGUAUUCCGCGCUCAAGAUCAUCUCCAUGUCGCAAGUGAUUGAUGCAGCCGAAGUCGACCCCAUGUCAAGGUCCAAGACCUUCUGUCUGCAGAUCAUCGCCGAAGAGAAAACCUACCGGCUUUGUGCUCCGGACGAAGAGUCUCUCGCACGCUGGCUGGGCGCGUUGAAGAGCGUCAUCGUCUUCCGCAAGAAACUCGGCGCUACCCCUGCUGUUGCGACGUAG